UUUGAAUUUAACCGCAUGCCUUUCGGUCUCGUUAACGCGCCGGCAACUUUUCAGUCGAUUAUGAACAAAAUCGUGUCGAAAAUGCAAACCGGUGAAGUGCUCGUAUACUUGGAUGAUAUUCUGAUCCCAAGUAAGACAAUCAGUGAAGGACUCUUGCGGUUAGAACGCUUCUUCAAACUCCUACGAGAAGCCGGGCUUACACUGCGUCCUGAUAAAUGCAAGUUCCUAGCAACAAGUAUCGAUUAUCUCGGACACCGCAUAAACGAACACGGUAUGUCACCAGGGUCGCACAAGGUGGCUGCGAUUAAAAAUUUUCACCAACGUAACCGAGGUAAGACGAUUUUGAGGCCUCACGGGUUUUUUGUAGAAAAUUCGUGAAGGCCUAUUCCAAUAUAUCGAAACCCAUUACCAUGUUAUUGACCAAGGCGAAUAAGGACAAAUUUAUUUGGGGGCCGGAGCAGCAGCGUUUAUUUGAUACCCUUAUCAAUGUCCUAACGAAUGAACCAGUCUUCGUCCUGUAUGAUUUCAACGCUGAGUAUGAAGUCCAUAUUGUAGCAAGUAGCGUUGGCCUUGCAGGUCUACUUCUGCAAUCCGUCGAUGGCAGUGAUUGGCGACCCGUGUGCUAUUAUAGUCGCCAUUACACUGUCACAGAAAACCGAUAUCACAGUUACGAGCUUGAAGUCCUCGCUGUAGUGGAAACUCUGGAACGUUUUCGCGUCUACCUAAUAGGAAAGCAGUUUCGCCUUGUUACUGACUGUUCCGCGGUCGCACACGUGAAAGAUCAUAAAGAGCUUAAGACCAAAAUCGCACGUCGGUGGCUUAAGUUACUUGAGUACGAUUUUGAGUGCAUACAUCGUUCAGGUAGCCGAUUACAACUCGUAGAUGCUUUGAGCCGAAUAUACAUUCUCGGAGCUCUAAAUGAAAUGUCUUCGUAUUUUGGCCUUCCGUCACAAGUCGUAACCGAUAGAGGAACGUCUUUUACAUCGAAGGCGUUUGAAGAUUUUUGCAACGCAUACAACAUUCAACAUACUAAAGUUGCCGUUCUCACUCCCCGUGCAAAUGGGCAAGCUGAGCGCGCAAACCAAAGAAUUGAAAAAUUUUUACGAACAACUAAAGAGAACCCGAAGGAUUGGGAUGUCAUGCUACGAAAUCUGCAAUGGUCAGUAAAUUCACGUAAAAACGCCACGACAGGUUUCAGUCCAAACGAACUUGUCUUCGAUUUUCAACUUCGUGACGUUGUCACGAAUCAAAUGCUUGCUGCUAUACACGAAGAUGUCAACGAAGAACAAUCUAGAGCUACUGCUGCAGAAAAACGAAUUCAAGCAGCAGUAAACAUUUCCACUGAGCGCGAAAAGUGGAAACAACGCUUCGACCAACGUCAUAAAGAAAAUAUACGCGGAAGAAGAUCUCGUUGUGAUCGAAAACGAACCAGCUUCUACGGGCGAAUCCAGAAAGCUUGA